GCUGGGAAGUAGUGUGUGCUUGUACUUUUCUUUUUUGGAGGGGAAGAAGGUAAAACAGCCGUGGAGACAGAGCUUUUGAACACAAGGAGGUGUCACGCGUGUCUUUUUGGAAAGGAGAGAAGCCUUUCUCCAGUUCGACGCGCAUCCCUCUCUCCCGCUGCGCUGAAGAGGGCGGGGGAGGAGUGCGCUCGCUCUAGUUGGCUAGCCACUCGGCACCUCGCAGCGAUAGGGGCUGUUGGGAGUUGGGGCUGCUCCGUAGGCUUUCUCCGCCCCUCCCCCUCUUCUUUCCUCCCCUCCCCUCCCCGCCCCCCUCCACCCCUCUCUCCUCUCCAGAAUUCCCUGGCUGGAGUACGCGUGCGCCUGCUCUGCUCCCGGGCGAGCGCGAGCUUGGGCUCGUACCCCGCUCCCCUAACCCCGCCCGCUCUUUACCUACCGGCAGUAGCUGGCCCGGUGGGCUCGCGGGAGACGCUCGCACGCGCACGCGCACACAACGCGGAGCGGAGCUGGAGACAUCGAGGAGGGGAGUAAGAAGCAUCGGAGGAGGUGAUAGAGGAGGCGGUGUGCGUAUCUGUGUGUGUUCUACGGUGUGGCUCGUCGAGGGGCGAGCGCAGGCUUGAAGGAGGGCGAGGGAGAAGGGAAAAGAGUCCGAGUCUCUGUCCGUGAGAGCCUCUAAUCUGGUUGCUAUGGAAACAUAUGACUAAAUAAACGGAAGUCCAUUCUGAUAAUUCUGAUACCUGAGAUGUAACUGGACUAAAGAGUGGAACAGGAAAAAUUUUAGUGCCAACCUCAAUUACAAUGGCUACUGAUUCAGGAGAGCCAGCUAGCACAGAAGAUUCUGAGAAACCUGAUGGAGUUUCAUUGGAAGACAGAGCUCCUCAGCUUGCAGCAACUUUGACAGUGGAAGCUAGACUAAAAGAAAAAAAUAGUACCUUCUCUGCUUCUGGGGAGACUACAGAAAGGAAGAGAUUCUUCCGAAAGAGUGUUGAGAUGAUGGAAGAUGAUAAAGUUGCUGCAUCUUCCUCCAAAGAUGAGAGAAUGAAGACCACAACCAAUAUUCCAAGAGUAGAAAAACUUCCUACAAAUGUGCUAGGAGGUGGACAAGAAGUUAAAUAUGAACAGUGUUCAAAGGCAACUUCAGAGUCCUCAAAAGAUUAUCUCAAGGAGAAAAGUGAAAAGGAAAUGGAAGAAGAAGCAGAAAUGAAGGCUGUAGCUACUUCUCCUAGUGGGAGGUUCCUGAAAUUCGACAUUGAGCUGGGAAGAGGAGCAUUUAAAACAGUAUAUAAAGGAUUGGACACUGAAACAUGGGUUGAGGUUGCUUGGUGCGAGCUGCAGGAUCGGAAAUUAACCAAAGCUGAGCAGCAAAGGUUCAAGGAAGAAGCAGAAAUGUUAAAGGGUCUCCAACAUCCUAAUAUUGUUCGAUUUUAUGAUUCCUGGGAAUCUAUAUUAAAAGGAAAGAAAUGUAUUGUAUUGGUGACUGAACUUAUGACAUCAGGAACUUUAAAGACGUACUUAAAACGAUUUAAAGUCAUGAAACCAAAGGUCUUAAGGAGCUGGUGCAGGCAAAUUUUAAAGGGGUUGCAGUUCUUGCACACUAGGACUCCUCCCAUUAUUCACCGGGAUCUGAAGUGUGACAAUAUUUUCAUCACUGGACCCACUGGAUCUGUGAAGAUUGGUGAUCUAGGCCUAGCCACCUUAAUGCGAACAUCAUUUGCUAAGAGUGUUAUAGGGACUCCUGAGUUUAUGGCCCCAGAGAUGUAUGAAGAGCACUACGAUGAAUCUGUAGAUGUCUAUGCUUUUGGAAUGUGUAUGCUGGAAAUGGCUACUUCAGAGUACCCUUAUUCUGAGUGCCAGAAUGCAGCUCAAAUAUACCGUAAAGUAACUAGUGGCAUAAAACCAGCCAGUUUCAAUAAAGUCACUGAUCCUGAAGUGAAAGAAAUCAUUGAAGGAUGUAUUCGCCAAAACAAAUCAGAAAGGUUGUCUGUCAGGGACCUACUAAACCACGCAUUUUUUGCUGAGGAUACAGGACUGAGGGUGGAAUUAGCAGAGGAAGAUGACUGCUCAAAUUCAUCCUUGGCCUUAAGACUCUGGGUUGAAGACCCUAAAAAAUUGAAAGGCAAGCACAAAGACAAUGAAGCAAUUGAAUUCAGUUUCAAUUUAGAAACAGAUACCUCUGAGGAAGUAGCGUAUGAAAUGGUCAAGUCAGGAUUCUUCCACGAAAGUGAUUCCAAAGCUGUUGCUAAGUCCAUUAGAGACCGGGUCACCCUGAUAAAGAAGACAAGGGAGAAGAAGCCAGCUGGCUGUUUGGAAGAACACAGGGAUUCCCAGUGCAAGUCUGCAGGGAAUGUACUCCCUCAGCCCCAGAAUACAACUUUGCCCCCUGCUCCUGCUCCACACACUGGGGCUGAAUGUGAAGAACCUGAAGUUGAUCAACAUGUUCGACAACAGCUUCUACAGAGAAAACCCCAGCAGCAUUGCUCCUCUGUUGCAGGUGACAAUUUGUCUGAGGCAGGAGUUGGAUCUGCUGUACACUCAGAUACUUCAAGUCAGCCCAGUGUAGCCUAUUCGUCAGACCAGAUGAUGGUUUCCAACAUCCCACAGGCUGAAAUUAAUGUUCCAGGGAUAAUUUUUCCAUCCCAGCAGCUAGUAGGACAUUACCAGCAGAUUUCAGGGUUGCAACAGCAGCCAAAGCUGACUCAGCCCCACAUUUUGCCUUUGGUUCAAGGUCAGUCCACUGUUUUGCCUGUGCAUGUACUUGGACCUCCGGUUGUCUCACAACCCCAGGUUUCCCCAUUAACUGUCCAGAAAGUCUCACAGAUAAAGUGUUGGAAUAAGUCAUUUCUCCAGGAAACCUUCAUCCCUUAUAGUUUGGAAAACAAGAUAAGAGCUAAGCCUGUAUCCCAGGCAGUUGGAAUUGAACAAGCAACUCUUCUAAAACCCGAUUUAGUUAGAAGUUUGAAUCCUGAUGUGGCAGCUGUGAAAGAAAACAUCAAUACCUCCGAUAAUCCAUGUGGAAAUGGCAAACAAGAUCGGAUCAAACAAAGAAGAGCUUCUUGCCCUCGACCAGAGAAGGGGACUAAAUUCCAACUUACUGUCCUUCAGGUAUCAAUAUCUGGAGACAAUAUGGUGGAGUGUCAACUGGAGACACACAACAACAAGAUGGUCACCUUCAAAUUUGAUGUUGAUGGUGAUGCACCAGAGGAUAUUGCAGACUAUAUGGUUGAAGAUAACUUUGUGCUAGAAAGUGAGAAAGAAAAAUUUGUAGAAGAAUUGAGGGCUAUUGUAGGUCAAGCCCAGGAGAUCCUUCAUGUCCACUCUGCUGCAGAUAGAGCCAUCGGAAUUGACUCUAUUAUUGUGGAAUCCAACAAUAGCCAAACAGGAUCAUCUGAACAAGUACAGAUAAAUUCUGCAUCCACUCAAACCAGCAAUGAAUCUGUUCCACAGUCAUCCCCAGUUGGUCGGUGGCGAUUCUGUAUCAAUCAAACAAUAAGAAACCGUGAGGCUCAAUCACCUCCUACUCUUCAGCAGUCCAUAUCUACAGUUCCUGGGCUGUAUCUGCUUCCUGGUCCAAGAACCACAAGUAAUAAGGAAAUAUCACAGGACACAGUGCCCACUCUAGAAAGUAAUCCAUGCCAGCGUGUACUUUUUGCCUCCAAAUCAGAACUCAAGGAUGUAGUUGAUGGUAAGAUUUCUGAAUAUGCCAGUGUAGAAACUAAGCAGCCAGCUAUAUUGUAUCGAGUGGAAGAUGACAGGCAGAUAAUGGCACGAGUUACUAGUAGUUCAAGUUAUACUGCUACUUCAGUUCGUGCAGUUCCAGUUGAAUGUGAGGGACUCACCAACCGAGCAGGCAUAUUUCUACCUGUAUAUCCAUGUCACCAAGCUGCCAGUCAGGCUGAUGUACCUAUGGUCCCUCCUGGCGAGUCAACUCAGAUUGCUGGUAACUCUGUUACAACUCUGGCAUUUGUAUCUGAUCAAAAGCCUCAAUCCUUAGCAGUGCAGCAGCCAACUAUGGAUGCAGAGUUUAUUUCCCAAGAAGGAGAAACCACAAUGAACACUGAAGCAAGUUCUCCUAAGAUGGUCAUUCCCACUCAGACCCCUGGCCUUGAACUGACUACCCUUCUACCCACUACUAUCCUGGAAUCAGAUGGGGAGAGACCUCCAAAAAUGGAGUUUGCAGACAACCGAAUUAAAACUCUGGAUGAAAAAUUAAGAAACUUGCUCUAUCAGGAGCAUAGCAUAUCUAGCAUCUAUCCUGAGAGUCAGAAGGAUACCCAAAGCAUAGACUCUCCAUUUUCUUCCUCUGCUGAAGAUACGCUUUCAUGCCCAGUGCCAGAAGUCAUAGGCAUCAGUCACAGUGGAAUUCAAGAUAGUCCUGCACAGUCCCCUAAUUUUCAGCAGACAGGCUCUAAGAUUCUGUCCAAUGUGGCUGCAAGUCAGCCUGCUAACAUAUCAGUAUUCAAAAGGGACCUGAAUGUGAUAACUUCUAUACCCAGCGAAUUAUGUUUACAUGAGAUGUCCCCAGAUGCUUCACUGCCAGGGGAUCCAGAGGCCUAUCCUGCUGCUGUGUCAAGCGGUGGAGCCAUUCAUCUGCAGACAGGAGUGGAAACUGAAGAUAUGAGAUCAGCAGUUGCUCCUGAUCCCAUUCCCCUGACGGGAGAGUCCAUGGCUGAUACUAGGGCUUUGAGUAGAUGUAAAGCAAUGAGUGGAUCAUUUCAGCGGGGUCGGUUCCAGGUGAUUACAGUUCCUCAGCAGCAGUCAGUGAAAGUGACAUCUUUUGGAAUAGAACACACACCAGUAUUCAAAAAAAUGACAACCCAUUCUAGUGAAGAAGCUCUAGUCUUUAUGGACAGAGCAAAGCCUCAGUUAGUGGAAAUGGAACAUGCCAUGCACAAUCCACAAACUUUACUUUCUUCUCAGAAGUUACAAGCUCUUCAUGAGACCUUCAAAGAAGGGAAAAGAAUUCCCAAACAAGGAGACAACUUCUUAUCAUUUAGCACAGCGUGUGAGACUGAUGUAUCUUCAAUGACCCCAGAAAAAGAAUUGGAGGAGAACUCAGCCACGGGAAGUAGUAUGCAUUCUGGACAUGAACUGUUGCUUAAAGAGAGAGAGAUACUUACUGCUAGUAAACAGCCUAGCUCUGAUAGUGAAUUUUCAGCCACCCUUGCUGGCAGAGGGAAGUCAGUGGCAAAGACUGGUCCAAAGAGUGAUCAGUGCUUACCCCUCCAUGAAAAAAAAGCCUAUAACCAAACACAGAGCUCACUCUUCUAUUCACCAUCUUCUCCAAUGAGCAGUGAUGAUGAAUCAGAAAUAGAGGAUGAGGAUUUGAAGGUGGAGCUUCAGAGAUUACGAGAAAAACACAUUCAGGAGGUGGUAAAUCUUCAAACUCAGCAGAAUAAGGAGCUGCAGGAGCUCUAUGAACGUCUUCGGGCAAUUAAAGAUAGCAAAAUCCAAUCAUCAGAGGUUCCUGGGCCACCUUCAUCACCACGGAGACCAAGAUCUUUCAAAAGCAAACUUCGUAGCCGACCACAGUCCUUGACACAGGUGGAUAGUGGCACAGCUGCUGCAGAUCCAUUGUGUGUGGAAAGUAAUGUAGCAUCAUGCCAGCAAUCUCCAGCUAGUAAAAAAGGGAUGUUCACAGAUGACUUACAUAAACUGGUGGAUGACUGGACAAAGGAAACAGUAGGAAAUUCUCUUAUUAAGCCAAGUUUAAACCAACUCAAACAGAGUCAACACAAACUAGAGUCAGACAACUGGAACAAAGUAUACGAGAAUACUCCAUCUACUAUGGGCUACACACCAACAUGGAUUUCUUCUCUGUCCCAAAUCCGUGGAGCUGUCCCAACCUCCUUGCCACAAGGACUCCCACUCCCUUCAUUUCCUGGGCCAUUAUCAUCAUAUGGAAUGCCCCAUGUUUGUCAAUAUAAUGCUGUGGGGGGGCCAGGGUACCCAGUACAGUGGGUAGGAAUUUCAGGAACACCGCAACAGUCUGUAGUAAUUCCUACUCAAUCUGGGGGACCAUUCCAGCCGGGAAUGAAUUUACAGGCAUUUCCAGCUUCAUCAGUGCAGAAUCCAUCUGCAAUCCCUCCUGGUCCCAAAUGAAUCAGAGUAGAGAGGAACAAAAGGGAGAUUUUUUUUUUCAGAAUUAUUUUCAGGACACCUAAGAUACUAAACGUUCUUCUUCUUGGUUCUGCCAUAUUUUCCCUCAUUUAAGUUUACUUUUCCCUGAAUUUUUGUUGUUGUUGUUCCAUUAUGGUAUUUUAUAUAGCUCAUCAUUCUGUAGAACUGUGCAGUUUGUACAUAGAGCACUGCACACAGAAAUGUUUUUUCACUUCAGAUCCUAUCCUCUUUGAUACUUGAUUUUUUAAAAAUACCGUUCAGAAUGCUUUAAUAAGCUCAGCUUGAGCAUUACCAUUUCCAAGACACUUUCCAUGAAUUGCUGAAAAGCCCCCAUUUUUUACUGCUGCUAUCUGCAGCUGGAUGAUACUUUAAAAUGUAUAAAAACUAUUUAAAUUGAUAUUCCCCAAAUGUGGACGAAGUGAGACCCUCGAACAGCUGGAGUUUUAUGGGAUUCUUCACAUGUUUAUCUUAGGUUUACCUUUCCCAGAAGGCAGGGUAACUUGCUGCAGGAAACGUUUUGGUAUAUGAAAUUAGAAUAACUUUGUCAACCAAUAUAGACCAUGAGCCCUUUUUAAUGUGAUUUUCUUCCCGUCGUCACAGCAGGAGGAGUGAAGCCUUGUUUUAGGUGAGGCGGAGAGAAAGGAAAAAACAGAACUGUAACAGUUCCUUGAUUCUGCAGAUACUGUAGCUGCUUUAGGAUUUCAAUAGUAAUUCAAAGCAGCUAUCUCCUUGUUUCUCAUGUGCACACUACAUUGUUUUUGAGCAUCUGAGAGGCACUGGUUUGGCUUGCAUUCUUUUGUAAGGGAUAUAUUGCAGCUGAUAUGAAUCUCAUUUUGGGGGAAUCUUGGUAUUCCGAACAAAGAGGAUUCAAGUUACACCUCUAUUGAUCCAUUGUUCUGAAGUAAAAUGUACUUGACACAGUAGGUUGUAGGUUUUGAGACUUAAACAUGAAACACUGGCUUUACAGGGUUCUAAGGUGUGGGGUAUACACUGUCCUGCAGUGAAAAGGUAGACCCUCAAAGGACACUAUUUAAGUUGCCCUUAGCUUUUUUUUUGAGGGGGGGAUUGCCAUUUUUUUAGUUGUUAUAAUUUCUUGUUAGUAUAUAUAGCAUCCUAGAUGAUUUUAGAUCUUACAUGAUUUUGGCAGCCUCUUUUUAGAAUCUGAGAGAGAUCACUGUCAAGUUGCACUUUACUGGGUUUUAUCCAGUUUUAGAAGGAGGUGAGACAAUGUCAAAAUAUACACUUUUUGCUUUUCAAGGAGGCUAACUAUAAUAAUCCUAAAAGGCUGGUCACAGAGUUACCUAAUGCUCAGUCUGUGAAACCCAAAUAGAAUUCUUAAAUGGUAUUAAUCAACUAUCACAUCCACAUGUUUGAAAUACUUUUUACUCUGAAAAUUUCAGGGUCAUUUCUACCAUACAAUUACCUGAUAAUGAAUUCUAUCGACUGGUAACCAUUCCAUAUUACCACCCAACAUUUCUUUGAACAGAUUUUCCCCCAUGUUCCUCUAAAAUUUUUACCCCAUGAGCUUGCCAGGUAAUGAGGAAAACUCAAUAGGUAUACUUUUUUUUUUUUUUUUUUGCAUAGUCUACUUUGUGACAUUCAGUACCCCUUUUCAAAAAAGUGUGUCUGGUAUUGCUUCCCUGAGGAUCACACUAAACAUCAUAAAGAUUUUGUCACUAUCCUUUGGGGUGUCUAAGGCAGCAUUUUCAGAAUUGCUGUUGAUAAGAGCCACAGUUUCUUUUCAUAAAUCAUACUGUGGUUUGGGUGAGUCUCUUCUGUACAGAUUCUUCAAAUUUCUCCUACAGUAUUGGUUUGCAAGUCGCAGUGAUUUUAGGACAUUAGUGUAAUGCAAAUACUUGCAUUGCAUUGUUUUCCAUGUGUACAAAAACAAUGCACCUAAAAUCCGUAAUUCUUUAAAACUGCUCGUGUUUCAUUAUAAGAGUUGGCUUUGUGUAAUUACAUUAAGACUUACAACCUAUAAAGUGAAAAUCCUGCAGGUUUUAAGAUCCCUUCCUCUCUACAUGUAAUGCUUUUAAACAGUAUAUCCCAGGAUGAAAAAAACCUCCAUGGAUGACAUGCACAAUUACAUUUAUUAAUGGCUGCUCUACAUCAAAUGUCCCACAUUUUGCCACCACCUCUGUUUUAGGUAUGAUUCAUCAUUCAUUUGCCUGCAGACUUUUGCAGUGCCUUGUAAUAUUUAGAAUCUUUUCAGAUUUUUUGCUGGAAAGAAAAGUAGUCUUCUGAAGUUUGAAGAUAGUGAAUAGCAUACUGCUGUCUCCAUGCUGACCGCAGUAGUUGGAUUAACAUAUGUUAUGUAUACAUUAUGUAUAUGUAACAUGUAUAAGUUUAAAAAUACAGAAAAAAAGUGAGUUUGUGCAGAAAUGAAAACAGUGUUAUUCACAUCACUGUGGGUUUUUAUUUUUUUUCUCAUUAAAUGUUUGAUUCAGAUUAUAGUCACUUUGACUGUAAAUAUUGGCUAGUUUUCUAAGUAGGGGUUUUACAUUAUUUCAUAAUUUUGCUAACUCAUAUAAUAGUGCUGUUUUCAUCCUUGCUGAGGUAAUUUUCCUUCCCAAAAGCAGUUAACUCUUGAGGUGAAGCUCAGAAAUUCCCUUCUUACUUAACAAAGAGCCUACUAUAUAACAAGGGCCUUCUACCCAAAACUGUCCUUUUCAUUUUCCUUUUUGUAGGAGAAAGAGGUUGUACUAAACCAUCCUACUUGUAAAGUUUAUUUGGGGGAUAGUCUGUAUGUCCAACCUCUAUGUUUACUUCUCAAAGUACAAGUCUGAUGAAUAGUACUGUAUCUCCAUAUGUGGCAAUGUGAGCAUUUCAUCAUGAAGUACAUGCUGCUAUGUUUGUGAAGUUGGGUGUAACACCAUAAGACUAUGAAACCAGUAUUGGUGUAAAUCUAAUGAAAAUAACUCUAUGUAUAUUUGUAGCAGUCUUGAAUCUCUAUUUAAGGUAAUUUGCUGUAAUAUAACAAAUAUCCCUUUUGUUUUUCAUCCUUUUCUUGCCAGUUUUAUAUCAAGCAUGAAUUCUCAUGGUUUGACAGCAAAAUUAUCUGUGAAAGUUUAAAAGGCACUUUUCCGCUGUGAUUUUUGGAUUGAGUGUGGAGUGUUAUGUACAAUAUGAAGGGAUGUAUCAUUUUAGAACCCCAGAUUUAACCCAGUCCAAUUACUUUUGUUUAUCUACCUCGUUUUCAGUGCUGUUUAGGGGUGCAUAAGUAAACACUGCCUGUGAAACUUGCUUUUUUGCCUUGAUUCUCAGUAUUCUUUCAGGUUAUAAAUCUGGCCUGCCUCCUAGUCCCAGUGCUAAGCAUGAGUUCGAUAUGAGAGGAACCACCACUCUGCCACCAAUCUGUGUUUAAGUGAUGAGAGCCAUGUGCCUCUGCAGAAUAAACUUUUGGGAUCUGGGGAAGGAGAGCAGAGAAAGAAAUCCAGCUGGUGGCAAUGUAGGAUUUAGUUUUAGGAGUUAGUCCUAAAAGAAAUGGUAAGAAAGUAUCUAGACAGUCCAGUGCCUGCAACUUUGCAUCUUUUACUAAAGGUGCAUUUCUUGUCUGUGUGCCUAAAGGGCUAUGUGUUGAAAUUGCUUUAACUAUCACAGUGACAUAUUUGCUCAAUCCUACAGCAGUGGCCUGUCAUUCAGCAUAUUAGCAUACUGCUAGGUAUUUUCAGUGGUAUUUUGUUACCUUAAAAUGGCUGUAUGCUUUUAGUUGAAUUGUAGUUGGUGGUAACUAUUUAUUCAAUCUCUAAAGUUUAUUGGAGGCAUUGACUUUCUUCUUUGCUGUCUUUACUGAAGGAUGAAAUGAUGCAUUCUUUUUCUUUUUCCAGAACACUCAGCUAAUGUUUAUAAGCCACAUGUUCUUUGUUUCACAUGGUUACUGUGUAUAACACUACAGCAUAUUUAAUGUUAGCAAAUACUGUAUUUCAGGCUUCAUGCACAAAUACAUUCCUGAAAUAUAUUUGGGAUUCAGUUAUUUAAUCUUCUGUUUGGUUUAGAGAAACUUGAGAUUUGAGGUGGGGUGCAGGCCAUUUUCUAGAAUAGAUUGUUCAUUUUUUCAUUCUAUAGUAUAUUGGGGACUUUUUUUUAUCCCCCUUUGGUUUUGAAGAUGAACCGGUGGGGGGUUGUUGUGUAGAAAAGGCCAUUGAUUUGAUAAAUGUAAUUUCUGAUAAUCAGUUUUGUUUUUUUAAACCAAUACAGGCUAUAAAAUUGUGACACUCAAACUUGGUAAAGUCCUUUGAAAUUAGUAUGAAAUUUUGACAGAGCCAAAUGCUUUCAGUUCACCAUGGAAACAGUCUUUUUAUGUGAAGGAUGAACACAAACAUUGGUCAGGGUUCUUGAUAGCCAACAUAGGAAGGGGCCUGGCAUAGUGCUUAGGUGACACUGAAGUUAUUUUCAAGUGAGAUAGUUGGAAGAGUGUACAAACCGACAGUUCCCAUUCUGGAAGGUUUUCUCUUAAUUAAAAAAAAAAAAAAGGCUAAAAGUCAAGCAAGAAGGGAAAAGAGAAACUGGGCUCUUGAGAAAAAAAAAAAUGUGCCGGUGUAAAAUAAACUCCUAAAUACGUGCUUUGUCAUCCUUCCCGUUGUUUUUUUGUUUGUUUUGUUUUGUUUUUUAAGUUACAUUUCUUUUCCACUAUAAGUUAAGAUUUCAGAUUGAGGUUUGUGGGCCAGACCAUACCCUCAGCAGAAAUAGUGACUGAUCGGAAAGUGCAGUUGUUCAAGGUCUGUCAUGCUCAAUCACUUAAAGCUGUAACUUGUUUGAUAUGAAUAUUAAGCAUGUAGACCUAGUGCAGCAUGGGAGCCACUCAGGAAGUUUAUGCAUUUAAUAAACUUUCAUGCAUAAUUUGCUAUGAAGUAUGCAGAAUUUCAGCCACUUCUUUACACUUAACAUUUAGUUGUAUAUGCGAAUUCUCCUUUCUUAAUUGGGGAAUGUAGCAUUAUAUAGAAAGAAUGUUAAAUUUAAUUUUAAUCCUUCUUGACAUUAACCUUUUUUUUCCUUUGGUAAACCAAGUGAUCUGCCUUUAAGCAGUCAACUGAUUUUGGUUCUUUGAAACUGUGAUUUUUAUUUCAUUUGUACCCAGCCAUUGUAAGUAUUUUGUUUUGUUUCUUGGAAAUUUUGUUUUGAAACAGAAAAUAAAGGCUGUGUUAUAAAAUGA